UGAUGAAUAAAAUGGCUUGUUUAAAUGGAAGGUUAGGUAGUAUAUUUCGAAGUUAUGAGUUGAAGAAAAAUGUAAGGUGCGUUAUUGCAUCCUGGGGCGCCCGGCGGGCGAUGCCCUACUCGACGAAAGAGCCAGGCGAUGAAGACCCCGGGCCCGUGAAGUUCAGCCAGAGCAAGGCGGCCGCGUGGAAGGCCCAGCAGACACGCAGCGGUGGACGCAACAACGAUGCGCCGUACUACCAACCAGUCGUGAUCUCCGCGAGCCUUGCAGUUUUCAUGCUCUACUUCUGCGUCUUCAGGGAAGAGAACGACUUAGACGAAGAAAUAGGCAGGCCGUUGUUCGACAGGAUUGAAGGUCUCAAAGCGAAGCAGUUGGAGAUUGCCCUGAAAUACAACCGAGAACACGGUCUACCCACAGAAGACUUAGAAAAUGAGUUGCAUGCUUUGGGGAUUGUUGUUAAGUGAAAUAUUGUAUUACAGAAAUACCAUCUGUUAUUCUAUUUGGUAAAUAUGUAGAGUAGCAGUAUUUGCGGAAAAAAAUGUUAAAAAUCCAAAAAUACUUUUAUGCUCUUUCACUUCCUCUUUUUUUUUAAUUAAACCCGACGGAGAUAAGAAAUUCCAAAUACUUUAGGAGAGUCUAAUUUUUUAAUUUUCAUAGUUGGGUGAUAUUUGUUAAAAAAAAUUAAAUUCCGAAAAUACUUUUAUUCUAUGCUCUAUAACUUCCUCUUUUCAUUAAACCCGGCGGAGAUAAGAAAUUCCAAAUACUUUAGGAAAUAUCAAAUUUUUUAAUUUUCAUCACAAUACCUGUACAUUCAUGCAGCAUUCACAAUUGUUUCUUGUUUACGACUAUGAUUUUUUUUUUUCUUGCAGCGUUCACCAUUGUUUACCCGCCUUUAACUUGGUGAGUUUUGUACGUUUCAAAUGUUAAUGUUUUAUUUGUUAUUUGGAUAUUGUUGCGCAAGUAAUAAGUAAAAAAAAAUACGUGGGUUCCUACUGUUCAUCCUUUGUCCCGGUUUGUUAGGUCAGGUCAGUUACAUUAUAAAUACUUUAAAACUAAACAACCAUUAAAAUUAAGUUAUAUUAUUUUUAACGUCUGCUUAGUUUGAAAGUACUUAUAAUGUAACUGACCUGACCUAAUCGACCAUUUUAAUUAAUUAGGCAUUCACGAACACACGGCAAAAUAAAAAAAUUUGUGACGGCCAAAUGAUAGCACAGGUCUUGUAUAGCAAAAUAUAAACGGCGAUAUUUCCUAAAGUAUUUGGAAUUUCUUAUCUCCGCCGGGUUUAAUGAAAAGAGGAAGUAAAAGAGCAUAUAAUAAAUGUAUUUUUGGAUUUUUAACAUUUUUUUUUUCUCAAAUACCGCUACUCUACAUAUUUACUUUCUAUUUAAUUACAUUGUCAAAAUAUUAGUUCUGAUGUAAAUAUGAUUUAAACACAGCUUUGAUGCUAUGUACUAAUGGAAAAAAUAAUAUAUUUUGUACAAAUUAGUGUUUUUCAUUUAAUUGCAAAGUUAUUUUUAACAUACUACUUGAAAAUAUGCUGGAGUUGACCUAUAAAAUGAGUUUUAUGGAGUAUGUAAAGAGUUCAACUGCUGGUUUAAAAGUGCAUACCCAGUAGCCUGGUUGAGUAGUGGAAAGCAAGUAGCUGGGAGAACCUUUUUUACCCAGGUACAAGGCAAAAUAGUAUUUCUUUAGCCACACACCUUUCCACUUGGCACCACUUUUGGAAUGGUAAAUGUUUUCUGACCUUGGAAAAUUAAAAUGUGGUUACUUAAAUGCAAGCACUGUUGAAAAUAUUGUCUGCCAAACUCCCCUAAAAUGCCCAAUGAUCUUCUGAAUGAUGGUGAGUGGAGGUGAAAACUCAAAUCAAUCCAUGUUUUGAUUAUAGGUUCAGUCAUGUGAAACCACUCCAGCUAUUAAACACUGCAGAGACAUGUUGUUUCCAAAAUUUCAACUCGAAACAUAGCCUAUGUAUUGCUGUUCAAGUUCAGCAAAAAGUACUGAACUUAUGUGUACGCAUAUAUAUUUUCAUUUAUAAAUACCCAUCCUGACAUUGAUUUUUAGUUACAUAAGGUGCAGAAAAUUGUGUGUAAAUUACUGAUGUGUUUUUAAAUUUUUCUGUUGUGUCCCAAUUUGGUUCUGUGAAAUUAAUUAAUUAAAUAGCAAAUGUGUUGUUGAAACUUAUUUUUGUAAAAAAUUUUACUAGGCCUGCAAUUAUUUGACAGAAUUUUUCUCUCCACUCUAGGCUUGGUAACAGUGUCGAUAAGAGAAAGAUGGUUAGCAUUUGUGAAUAGCUUCUCUUCAACAUUAUUGCUUACAAUGUUUCGAGCAGCAAACAGUUUGCUGACUGUGCUAAAGAACUCUGUAGCAGUAUCAUUUUCCCUGAGGUUUUGUGGCUUGAUGAGACACUUCACUCUUAAGUUCUUCAUUUCGUCUUCAAUCUGACUAUUGACAGCUGAAGGGCAAAGAGUAGCUAGAACCUUUGAGUUCCAGGAUGUUUUCUGCGAGUUUCUUUCCAUGGUCAACGAGAAUUUUGUGUGGCCUGUUUGUGCUUUGGUUUUCUUGGGUUCAAAAAUACAUGUUUGAUGUUACUAACGAAUGUAUUCAGCUCUGACAGAGAGGGGGUCCGAAAACUUACGAUGAGAUUUAGUUUGUGCGCUCAGCACUUAGCAUGAAGAAUUUUCUCAUAAAAUACAACCUUUAAAGAGUCUACACAUCUAGUCAUGUGUCAUGCAGUCACAACAGUAACUAGGUUUUCUAACUUAAUGUUGAGUUGUACAACAAUCGAUAAAAUUGUAUGGGUGAAUUUUGUGCCAUUUACAAUGCCCAGUUCUUUUGCAUCACCA